AUGCAUAAUCAAACAGAAUGCCGAAUGAUUAAAAUUAUUUCAAUUCAAGAAUAUCCGGUGUUUGUUUUUGAAGAUCCUCAAAAAAUAAACAAAGAAUUUAAAAAGUAUAAGCGGCUAUUAAAUAGUUCAUCACUCUCGUCAUCUUCGUCUUCGUCUUCUACUCACAAAAAAUCUCAAACUAAUACUAACCCUGAUAAUGAUUCUAGGUCAGCUCACGAAGAGACAACUAACUUUGGUGGGUCGCACCUAUCAAUAGAUCUUGAAAAAGCCAAAAGCUUAUUCGAUAAGAGUCAAGAAAAUAGCGAAGAUGUAGUAUACUUCACUAAUGCGAUUACAGAGUUACUUUUGCAGCAUAAACGUAUAGAAGAAGUUAUUAAUAUCGCUCAACGUGAACAAGAAA